UCAGUAUCGUUCAUCUUGUAUAGAGGCAUUACGAUUCUCAUGCCUGACAUUAUAGCGACGCAGCGACUUCAUUUUUAACUUUUUUCACCCGCAUUUUUAUGAAGAUGGCAUCUGUGGUCGUUGGUAAGCAAGUAGCGACAUAACUUGAAAGGCAUAUUUAGUCAUUGACUGAUGUUCUUGGUGAUUUUAUGAUUGAUACCACUCGUGAUUCCCCUUCCUGUUAGCAGCUCUUCCAACGACGCACGUUUUUCACGAAGCCGUUCGUCCUUCUCGUGCUUUGCGGACGAAAGGGGCUCAGCACUCGGCAUUAGUUUGCUGUCGAGAAAAAGGAAAAACAUGGGGGACGUUCUAAAAUUCAGUGAUAUCCGUGCUGCUGGCGGAGAACUUGGUUUAUUCCGUCUCAACCCAGAGCAAUGUGGUUGGAAGAACUCCCAGACGGCAAAGGUGUUGACCAAUAUAUAAAAAUAAAUAUGAAAAAUCUAUUAGCUUUCUUUGAUAAGGUUGAGCACAAAAUUUUUAUGGAAAGAACAUGACUCGUUCAUCUACGUGAAUGCAAGAUUCUCAUUAUGAUUGCCAUACUUAAAAAUGAGGAUCAACAUACUAUGACUUGCUGUCUUUGUCACGAGACCUAAACUUCAACUCGUCCCAUCGACCAGGACCGUCGUAAUCUCAGGUACAAAGUUUCUUUUUCAAGGACCUGGUCGCAAAGCCUGAGGUGACACAGAUCGGCGCGAAGUCGUUCAGUUUCAAGGCUGUGACGCAUAAAAAGGUUUUUCGCUUUGACGGCUUCAGCAAAGAUCAUAUACUGCAAUUGGAGAAGCUGAUUUCCGCUCAUGUGCUACACAAAGACAAAGUAGAGACUGCAGCGCCGCUCUGCGCACCCGCAGUGCUGGCUGCACACGCUGAAGCCGAGAAACAAAAUACUAGCAGCAAAGGGGAAGGUGGUGCUUCGUCUUCUUCGUCUUCCUCGACAGCAAAUACUUCCGCGAAAGUGAAUGGCUUGACCAACCGCGUGUUGGGCGUUCGAGGAUGGAACUGGGGAGAAUUAGAACUGAUCGGCGACCAAGACUACUGCAUGCGCAACGAGAGGAACGAGCAUGUGUUGGAUUUUAGGUCGCGCGACGUUAUGCAGGUGACGAAUCCGACUAGGAAUGAGGUGCACGUGGAACUAGCGGACCCAUUUGAAGCGGCUGAGAACGCCGCUGACUCCGGGAGUGGAAACCCAGAACUUGCUGGUGAAAUGCUCACCGAAAUCCGGUUUUUCGUCGAACCCAACAACCACAAUUACCUCCUCGGUGGCGGCAGCAGCGGUGCCACUGCUGGCGGAUCAACAUCUUCCUCGUCUUCCUCAGCUCCUGCUGCGGCUAAUCUCACGAACGCCGAGCAAUUGCGCACCGACAUGAUGGGUCGCUUAGAUCUGGGCAGUGACGUUGCCGACAGCUUGUGCGAGGUCCAGGACCUCAAAUGGGCAGUUCCCUCGCUUCGCGGCAGCUUGCGGUUCCACAGCGGACAUUUUUCUCUACACGGGAAGUCCUCAGAUUUCGUCGUCCGAUACGCGCAGCUUACGCGCGUCUUCCUCUUGUCUGGUCUCGCAAACGACAUGCACAUCGUGCUGCAGUUAAGCAGUCCCCUGAGGCACGGUUCACAGGAACACUGGUUCCUGUGCAUGAGCGGAGACGCACUAAGGUUGCCAGUACCACCAGAUCUCGAAAUUCGAAAGGUCAAACAAGAAGAACUGGCCAAGCUGGAGCUCCUACCACACCAGCGCAGCGUGCUCUACGACUUCAUCGUCCGCGUUUUCCGCCUUUUGUUAUGGCGCAUUGAAGCAAUAAUUGAGUAAAAACUAGGUAGCUAGACCUAGUAGAGGUAGAGCUAGACCUAGGAGAAAGAUUGAAUGUGGACAGGGGCACGAUCAUCAACAUGAUGAAGCACUGUCACUAGUAACUUGUACCUGCCAGAAGUAUUUCUUCCACGACACAUAGUUUUUUAGAGACGAAUACUUGUAGUUCAUUUUCCUCUACCCUUUACUUUUGUGUGUUGACAGAGUGAAUUUCUACUUAUUUUAAUACCUUCUUCCUCUUUGGUCUUGUUAGAUUCUCAUCCGCUUUCAUUUUCCACAGACGUGCAGGUGAGCAGUAUGCAUGACACCUUCCGCAGUGCUCGUGGCGGCAAAUGCUUGCAAUGCAACUACAAAAACCAGAACGGCAUGCUCUUUCCGCUCAAAAAGGCUUUGCUCUUCAUUCAUAAGCCUGUAACGCAUGUACCAUACGCAAAGAUCGUCAUGGUUCAAGUGCAGAGAGGCACAGAGGUCACCAGUGCGAAUCGCUACUUCGACCUUUCCGUGAUAACGAAAGAGUUCACUUACGAAUUCAGGCAGGUACAUUAUGAAGCUAGUAUAAAAAAAUGUACCUGGCUCUUUGAUAUGAAGUUGCAGAAGAUAGUUGUACUUGCACUUGUAGUACUUGUUUUACUCUUGCUAUGUAUAAGUAAAACACGACACCUAAUCACAAAUCAGGUCGCUAAAGAAGAGCUGAAGCCUCUACUUGCGGUGUUGGCUGAACGUGGUGUACAGGUACCUAAGUUGGAGGAGCGCGGUCGGACGCAGGCCAUAUCACAGGCUGCCGCAGAGGAAGACGAAGAGGAUUCGGAAUUUGUACCUGGUGGUGACGACUCAGACAUAGAAAUGAGGUCUGAAGAUGAAGAUUACGAAGAAGAACCCGACGAGCAAGACGCAAAAAGGCAUAGGAACAGAUGACCUGGUGAAGGCAUACUUCACUCUACUAGGUCGUUUCAUCCUUGUGUAGCACUUCUUCAUCUGCCGAAUUUACACGCCGAACAUCUACUUUGAAUAUCGUCAACGAAGCGAGCCUGGGAAUUCAUCAACUCCAAGAGAAAUGUGGAAUGCGCGUACACCGGACCCAUUUAUCUCCAUAUCCUUUUGCUCCCCGUACUAGAAAACUAGAAGCUGUCGCUUGGUGCUUCGAACGUUGUCACAGUUACAAAAAUGUACGACGCGAAACCGC